CCCACUGGCGAUGUGUGUAUUUUUUUCUCCUCCUUUCCGUUGCUUUUUUUUAAGGCUACAACAGGAUUGGAUUUGUAGAUCGUCACAUGUUGUUUCCCCUCCUCACUCCGGGUACUAGCAGACAUGUGUUAUUUAUUGCUCAGCUGUGGGACAAGACGAACGCACGGCUCAACCGGGUCUGGAAAUAGAGGAUUAGAAUAAGAAGAAGAAGGAGAAGAAGAAGAAUAAAAAAGCGCGUCGUUUCUUACGGGAACUCGAGGAGAGGAAACGCACUGUGUCUCAAUAGCGACCCACGUAGAGAAUGGCGAGUCCGCCAAACACGGGAGAUCAGCCGCUGUCGCCCAGUAACGCAAACGCCAGCCAGAAAAUCAAGAAAUGCGGAUACCUCAAGAAGCAGAAGCACGGACACAAGCGCUUCUUCGUUUUAAGAGAGCCGAGCGAAGGUCUGCCUUCCCGACUGGAGUACUACGAGAGCGAGAAGAAAUGGAAAAACAAAUCGGCCGCCAAGAGGGUUAUUCCUCUGGACUGCUGUCUGAACAUCAACAAGAGAGCCGACGCGAAACACAAAUAUCUGAUCGCGCUUUACACCAAGGACGAGUAUUUCGCCGUGGCGGCGGACAGCGAGCCGGAGCAGGAGAGCUGGCACCGGGCGCUGACGGACUUGAUGGCCGAGGGGAAAGUGUACGACGGAUCGGCGUCCAACUCCGCGUCCUCGCUGGUGGGCUUCGACGAGGCGAGCUACGGCGUGAUCACGCCGGUCUCCGCCGCCUAUAAGGAGAUGUGGCAGGUGAACCUGAAAUCCAAAGGCUUGGGGCAGAGCAGGAAUUUGAUCGGCGUGUACCGGCUCUGCCUCUCGAGCCGGACCAUUAGCUUCGUCAAGCUCAACUCCGAGGUCGCCUCCGUCAUUUUGCAGCUGAUGAACAUCCGGAGGUGCGGCCAUUCGGACAGUUUUUUCUUCAUUGAGGUCGGUCGAUCCGCAACCACGGGUCCGGGGGAGUUUUGGAUGCAGGCGGAUGACUCCGUGGUGGCGCAAAACAUCCACGAAACUAUCUUGGAGGCGAUGAAAGCCAUGAAGGAGCUGUCGGAAUUCCGCCCGCGCAGCAAAAGCCAGUCGUCUGGUACGAACCCCAUCUCUGUUCCCACACGGAGGCACCUGAACCACCACCCCCCACCCAGCCAGACAGGGCUCACCCGGCGGUCCCGCACGGACAGCGUGGCCCUGACCUCUCCCGUGAGCAAAUUAUCCUCAUGUCGAAUACGCACGGCCAGCGAGGGCGACGGCACCAUGGCACGCCCCAUGUCAGUGACCGGCAGCCCUCUAAGCCCGGGGGUCCACAGGACCCUCCUGACCAGAUCCCACACCAUUUCCAUGCGCCCUUGUCGGACUUUUGAAUCUUCCUCCCUCCAGCACAGUAAGUCCAUGUCUAUGCCCCGAUCACCUACCCCACCCAUAGCCAGCAAUGGCCUGGGGAAUGUGUCCUCCUGCCCAGAGAGCGGUGCUCCUCGCUCCUCUAGCUGCACGGCUUCCUUCUCUGGCUCCCCCAGUGAUGCAGGUUUCAUAUCAAGUGAGGAGUAUGGCUCCAGCCCUGCAGACACACGGGACCCGAGAUUACUGCUCACCCUACGCAGCAACACUCCCGAGUCCCUCAAAGCUGAGACCCCCCCCUCCCGGGACGGCAGCGAGCUCGAGGGCUACAUGGUGAUGGAGCGGCAGAAUGGUUACCGCCGGCUACCGGAGCUGGACAAGGCUUACCGGAAGCGAACAUACUCCCUCACUACCCCCCGCCAGCAGAGAGGUCCGCCCCAAGUCUCGUCAGCCUCUCUGGAUGAGUAUACUCUUAUGAGGGCCACUUACAACAGUGGAAGCCAGGCUUCCCGCAGGUGUCACACUAGCUCCCCCAAAGGCAUCCAUCCUGAGGAUUUCAGGGAUGUUCAGAUCAGUGUUGGCGGUCUCCAAGGUGACAGCGGCUAUAUGCCCAUGAUGCCGGGUGUGGCAUUGCAGACGCCGUGGUCCAGGCACGACCCGUAUAUGCCGAUGAGCCCCAUGUGUGUUUCCGCGCCAAAGCAGAUCAUCAACCCCCGCUCACACUCGUCAGCGAGCCUGACCCCACACACAAACUCCCCCGGGAGUGUCUCUCUGGAGGACAGUGGCUAUAUGCGGAUGGUAUGCGGAACCAAGAUGUCGGUGGAGAGCACUGAUGGAAAGCUCACUAACGGAGAGUACCUGAACAUGUCACCUGUUGACCCCCUUACACCCCCGGACUACAUCCUUAGUUCUCCAGGGGGAGAUCCCCACCCCCAGCAACAUCACAAACAGCCUUAUUCUUACAGCUCUCUGCCACGUUCACUCAAAGGCCAGUUGCAGCGCAAUGGGUCCACAGACAAAGACCAGUAUGUGUUGAUGUGUUUACAGGGACAGCGGAUUGAAGAAGAGUCCAACUAUUGUCCUGUCCCUCCAGGAGACUCUGUGGCCGGCAUAUCACCGGUGGCACCGAGCAACCAUUCCUCUGCCCCAUCACCUCUCAGAGCCGCUCGGGUAGAUGGAGGUCUGGGGCACCAAAGUCGGUUGCGUCGCCCCACCCGCUUGGCUCUGGAAUCCCUCAGAACACUACCAUGUAUGAGCGAACACCCGCUUCCCUCAGAGCCACGCAGCCCUGGGGAGUACAUAAACAUUGACUAUAGUAGUGCUGCUCACGACUUGCUUGCAUCCACAGCGUUGGCAAGCUCUGUGAGUUCAAUGUGUGCAGAAGAGGGAUCGCUUCCACUCUCAGACUAUGCUAAUAUUGACGUUGGCUCCCCAGGUCACCUUGACUCACAGCUACACGGGGGUUCCCCCACUGAGGGGUGCUUAAACCAAACGCCUGAAGUCUUGGCUUGUCCUAGUCUGAUGAACCCCCCACUAGAGGAGCAAAAAAGCCCAGAGAGGCAGGCAGAGGAGAGGGGGAUGGUGGAGGAAUAUCCUCCCCAACAGCAGGUGAGCCUGGUGCGUCAACCUGCUCCAGUCAAGGAUGACUACACUGAGAUGACUUUCAGUCCACUGCCUCUGGCCACUGCGCCUCUACCUGCUGUCCGCAGCACUGAAGACGCUCCCCUCCCCACCAGCCUUGCUGCCUGUGUCAAGAGACUCAGCCUCGAGGCCAGCAUUGUCAACGGGGGGCCCCCUUCGCAAGUGGACUCAUUUCUCCUGGGGGGUCCUUCGUUAUCUGUCACCCUCGUCGAUCCACACAGGGGGGCCAAAGUGAUCCGGGCUGAUCCUCAGGGGCGUCGGCGGCACAGCUCUGAGACCUUCUCCUCCACCACCACUGUCACACCGGUGUGCCCGUCCUUCGCUCACGACACUAAACGGCACAGCUCCGCCUCCGUGGAGAAUGUAUCCCACACUGUCUGCAGCUCUGAGGGGUCCGACGAGGACUACGGCAGCAACAGCCCCAUGUGCAGGGAGAUGUCAGCUGGUUAUCAAAAUGGACUGAACUACAUUGCCUUAAAUUUGAUGGAGGGAAACCUCGGAGGAUGCCGGUUAGGGGGCUGUGAUGGACUCCUGGCGUUCAAGACGACAGCCUGUGGCUGCAAGGGGGGCCUGAAUGGUUUCAACACAAGCCCCUAUGCCAGCAUGGGAUUCAAGGAGACUGCCACGGCUGUGAAAGAAUGAAGGCUCCCCUCUUCCCUCUUUUUCCUGUGAACGUAGGAUUUCGCUGCAGCCGAGUGAUGAGGUCGCCACAGCGACAGCUGGACCAUACGCUGCAGCCGAUGUCCUUUGACCUCUUUGCCGCCUUUGAGGGUCCCAGGGACGGCCAUCCCCAUGGAAACACGGACACUUGACCUAUGCCCACGGCUCCAAAUCCUCCCUACGCUUUUCUCGGAACCAAAACAUUUAAACGCUAAUUCUGGAGUUGUACUAGAUUACUUAACAAAUAGCAAGAACUUAAAGACUAUUACCUCUAACCACAGAUACGUUACUAUUUAUCUCUGUGCAUAGGCCUGCAAUUCUGCAGUUUAAUGUUAUUUUAAUUAUUGCUAUUAUUAUUAUUAUUGUUAUCAUUCUCACAGUUUGAGCUGGUCUUUUGUGGUCAGAUCCACUCACCUGAAAAUCUGUGAACCACGCUUGAAAAGGAAAGUGUGCGCACACAUUCACGCAAAAAACCUUUCAUGCAUACGUAUUACAUAUAUUUAUUUAUUUAUCGUGUAUGUAUGCAUUUAAUGAAGUGUGUGUGUCUGUGAGGAUUUGUAUACAGAUUGUACUGCAAAAGAAUCGGCAUUUAUGAACAUUUAAAGAUAAAAAUUAACAUUUUGCUAAAAAAGAAAAGAAAAAAAAACUACCUCAGCAAAACCCAGGUUGGUACCAAUUCACACAACAGAAUUAUAUACAAAAUAUUUAUUUUAAGAGGUGAAUGUUUUUUUUCUUUUUCUUUUUUUGAAUCACCAAUCCAAAGCCUUACUCAAGCCAUCAGCCCCAAUCUGAUGGACCUUUUAAAGUUUGGACCUAUAAACACACAGUAUAUCAACGUGUGAACCGAUGGUUUUGUAGACUGAACGUUCACCAGAGCCGAAUGAGAGACAACCUCCCUGAGAUUAAGUUCUUUCUCUCCCCAUCAUUUAUGACAGGAUUAUGUAUUAAAGAUCCAGAGUAAUAUAUUUAUGAAUAUGCCUGAAAAAGAGGAUGCGUACGCUAACCGAAUACCCAGAGGACUUUAGACGGGAACCCGACAUGCGUCGCGUAACUCAUGAAUGCAGGUGGAGUGAGACACAUCCACACAGUGCAGCAUGAACCAGGUCCAACUGGACCUGACCACCAGAUCUGUGGCCUGUCUGAGCCCAAGUCUUGACACCUUUAUACACUUUACGUACUAAGCCACUGUUCACCUGUGAUAUCCUGCGCAACCACAUACCUUGCAGGAAGUUAUGACCUGUCAGGAAAAGGGACGGAGGACAUGAAUGUUAGGAGUUAUUUAUACAAAGUAACUUGACAGCUCAGAAUCUUAAGUUUUCUCACCUGAUGCCUCAUCGCGGAGCUCUGUCAAGCCACGUGGUUGGCUGUGAGAUGCAUGCGGCACUGGGCAACGUAUGACGCAGUCUGAUGCUCGAUAGCUUGAAACCACUUUGGGCUGAGAGAGCGACACGCCAGUGCUAAUGCAUGGUCUUGCACUUACAAACUUUCCAGAUUGUAACACAAGACACAUUGAAUGUAAUACAUGCUGUGUUCCGGGCUUGGGAACACACAACCUGACAAAACCCCCAGUUAACUGCAAGAAUAACCAUGAAACAUGCAAAGGUACUGAAGCGAAACUAAGACGCAGACACAAGCCUCUCUUUCUUCAUUUGAAUUCACUGGUACUUAACUGUUGCAACAUUCUGUAAAUAGCAACCGAUAAAUUGCAUCUAAACAAAUGCUUAGAAACUUUGAGAGAUGUUAAGUUAAAUAACUUAUGUUGUUUGUACUGUACAUAUUAUGUGUUUGAGUGCAUUUUAUGAUACAAACACUAAUUAAGUUAUAGGCUAACCAGUAUGGUUUGGCUUAGAUUUUUUUUAAACAUGAGAUAGUCUUGUGAAAUGGAUGCCACUACGGAGACGUUUUCUAAUGCUGUAAUUCUGAAAGAGAAUCAAGAAGAGAAAUCAAUACUUCACUAAAUUAAUUUUUUGUUACUUAGGUACAACACAAAAGGCAUAUAUGCAAUAUUUACACUUUUGAAAAAUUAGUUUAUAAGAUGUACCAAAUGUAUAAAUACUGUUAAUAAUGUUUGUUAAACCUUUAAAUUGGAUUUUUUGUUUGCAUUUUUUUCUCCAAAUUUUAAAUGAAAACCUUUUCUGUGUUUGUUUUUUGCUAAUCAAGCCUAUUGGUGUUUUGAGCAGUGUUUUUGCAUUUGGAUAAUGUUUCACGGUUUUAUUCCGCAUCUAAGGGUCACAAUAUGGAUUUCUCUUGCUGUGUCUUUCAUUGUGAAUAUUUCAUAUCUUGCAUAUUGUGAUGCUACUAAGAGAUGAUGAUUUAAACUUAGUUCAUUGCUUUAGAUUGUACUGAUUCUUUAUAGACACAUGCAAUAAAUAAUGAUAUUAUUUAAGAAAGCCA